CCUAAACAUGAGGAUUGGCAAUCCACUCCGGGGCAGUGCUGUGCGGAGUGCUGGGUCUCCGCAAGUGGCAGUUCGAUGUUUGGUCUACGACGUCACCUUAGCCAAUCACAUGGAAGCCGGCGGCAUACCAGGGCGAGUCCACGUGUCUAAGGCGACGGUGGAGUGUCUUAAGGGUGUGUAUGAGGUGGAACCUGGACAUGGAAAGCAGCGGGAUCACUACCUUAAGGACCAUGGUGUGGAGACCUUCCUCAUCAAGCGGGAGGAACCACUCCACCCCAGGCGUCGAGGACCCCGCUUCUCACGCUCCAGACUCUGGUCUGAGGACGAGCGAAACAACUGCAGCAUCUCACAGAGGGUAUCAUCCUUGGAAACAAAUACCUCCAGCUCCCCAGUUCACCGCCAGAGAAACACAUCGAUCACCACCAUACCCUGCAAUUACCAGCAGAACCAGUCAACCACUACCACCCCAAGUACCCGUCACGGCAGUCAGACCCAAACCAUCAGUGAGUGUACUGGUGCCAAUGGUCACACAGUCAGCACAGCUUCCGCCGCAGGAAGAGGAGUCAUAAAAUCCAACAGAUCAUCUUCAACAGAGACAGACACUGGAGAGGAAGGAACUAGAAAAUCAGAAGGUCUUGGCAGCGGGACAGGUUCUCCAACUCAGCUGGAUGAGGAGAACACCGCCGACUACCCUGAAAUACCGUUUGGGAAUCUGGAGAUGGACUGGGAGGACGAAGCCUUCCUUGAAGACGAGUUUACUGAUAUUCUUGAAGAAGACGACGAGGACACUGAGGUGGCGCAGUUUGCAAGUCCCACCAGUAACUUUACACAUGAGGUGGACAACCUGAUGGACAAUAGCAUAGAGAUAGAGUCCAACAAACGGAUGAGGGCAGAGCACAUGCACCCGAUUACACUCACAUUUAAGGACCUGGAGAUGGAAGAGAUGUACCACCAGGUUCGUGCAGACUUACUGAAGAGCAACGUAGUUUGCACCUGCAUUAUCUGGGUGCUUAUUGUCAUCUGCCAGUCGAUUGUGGUGCAGGAAGUGGAAGUACUGUUGCCACCCUUCUUGCCUGCAACUAUCCUUUUGGCAAUAGGUUUGUUGCUGGUGAUGGCCGAAGAGUUUCCAGUCUUACCAGUAAGCCUUCGUCGGCUCUCCACUCGCUUAGCACGAGCAACUUUUGGCAGGAAAGCCUUCAUCUGUGCUCUCAUGGCUAUCAUAUCUCUGCCAUCUAUGCUUACUCUGAUCCUUGUUAGGUCAGAGUGCCUCGAGACUUCAAAUAUAUCCCAGAUAUCUCGGGGUGUCGCUACAAAUUAUGGAUCGUCCAGUGUUUCACUGAUGCAAGACCAAGGUCAUGGUGGACCACUACAGUCAGUGAGUGAUAGCAGACCACUUCUAGGAGAAGACAAUAGAUUCUCCAGCAUUCCUUUAUCUUUUUUAACAGAGGCAAAACUUUUUGCUUCCCAGGGCAGCAGUAUAAGAAAAUCUAGAAAUUAUUACCGUACAACUUAUGACCAAUUUAUUCCCAUUUUAAGAACCUCUAAUAUUAAUUCAGAAAAUAUGGAUUAUUUAGAUGGUGAGAAAAAAAGCCAUAUAUUAGACAAAGUAAGCAAUAAACAAAAGCAUUCAGAAACUACUGAAGCAUCACCCCUCGACAAUAUUAGCCUUGUUAAGAGGUCUACCGAGAGUUUUUCAUUUAAUAAUAUAUCAACAACAUUUUCUAGCUUAGACUCACUAAUUAUGUUCUUCAACAGAAGCCAAUACUCUAUCAGUGCCAUGAAAUAUAAUAACCUAAUGAGGGACAUGCACAAAGACAGAACGUUGCCCGUGCAAGUCAAGAACCAAAUGUGGGAUAAUUACGUAAGUGAAUUGAGAACUAGAGUGCGUCGUCACAGUGAACAACAGUUAAUUGAAGUUAAAAUAGACAGUAAUAAUGUACCGGGUACAGCAAAUUCCGAUAUUCACAUGAAUAAAACAAAGGUUUAUAGAGCACACGACGGAAUUCCAAACAACUUGGCCAAUAUUGCUUAUGAGCAUCUGAAUGUAGAAAAUAAAACUGUGGUAUAUACUCCAGCCGUUGAGGAAGAACUACAUGUGUGUGUGUAUCCACAAUACUUCGUGUACACCUGGGUCUUAUGCAUGGUUGCACUUGCAUCUUUCCUCAAGUUAAACUAUCUCGUCAAGACAAUUGUUUUGGUGUUCAUGAUAACCUGUUAUGGGCUCCUCAUCAUUAAAUUUAGCUCAAUCUUCGAUCCUGUGCACAGUGGGAUUUCCUUACCUUUUAGAAUGGCAGUCCUGCUUGUGCUCUUUUUCUUCAUGGUGUCUUAUCAUGGUCGUCUGGUAGAAAUUACCUCUCGACUUGAUUUCGUGUGGAAGCAACAGGCUUUGAGGGAGCUGACAGACAUGAGUGAGUGUCGCCUGUACAACACUCAGCUACUUAAGAACAUUCUGCCAGAUCACGUUGCAAAUUAUUUUCUCUCGGAAGACCGGAAAGGAGAGGAACUAUUCUCAAAGGCCUAUGAAAAUGUUGGAGUUCUGUUCGCAUCAAUACCAAAUUUCACACAGUUUUACUCAGAGGAUGUUAACAGAGGGAUGGAAUGUAUUAGACUUCUUAAUGAAAUUAUAGCCGACUUCGACGAGCUCUUAGAUGAAGAUCGCUUUACAUGUAUUGAAAAAAUCAAGACCAUUGGCAGCACAUACAUGGCAGCAUCUGGACUUAACCCUACUGAAAAGGAUGUUGAAGACAGCCACGCCCACUUGUGUGCCCUGGUAGACUUCGCUCUUGAGAUGAAAGCUCGACUGGAGGAGGUUAAUAAGCAUUCUUUCAAUAACUUCAGACUGAGAGUAGGCAUCAGUCAUGGACCUUUAGUAGGAGGUGUAAUUGGGGCCAAAAAACCAGUGUUUGAUGUCUGGGGUAACACUGUUAACGAGGCCUCCAGGAUGGAUUCAACAGGGGCCAGCGACACCAUUCAGAUACCAAAAGAAACUGCUCAGAUCUUAAACUUUCGAGGGUUCAGGCUUCAAUAUCGAGGAAAAAUCUCUGUUAAGGGUAAAGGAGAGAUGGAUACUUACUUUGUUCUUGGACGCAAAGCUUCACGCCAGAUGCCCUUCAGUCGACAUCCAUCCACUUACAAUUCUCUGGCUGAAGUAGUAUACGGGAUGGUACAAGCACGCAAGAAGCAAACUAUAAAGAGAAGUAAUACUACAGUAAAGAGAGAUCGUCAACGGAAAGUAUCGCCUUCAGAGACAGGAACAUCUACUGCGUCUAGUGGACUUGGUAGCCGAGACUUCACCCCAGGACUGUCUCGGAGAGGAGGCAGACUUGAAAAAACUGCAUCCUCACACCAUAACCUCCGUAGCCUAUCUAGAGAUGACCAUCGCCAAGAGAUUCAAACCAGAGGACAUGAUGAAGCUGUUUAGCUUUUAGUAUGGUAGGUUCAUAAGGAGAUAAACACAAGCUUUACAGAUUAAGCUAGGAGGCUGAGCAGCAAAACCACUACACAUGGAAAGCCAAAGCUCGACUGUGUAGAAGUGUGAGGCUGUGCACCUCUUCCUUAAUAAAUCUUCACUCCAGAGUUUGAGAAAAACAUGCACAAUGUUAAUUAUGAAGUUGUAGCAGAUAACUGCUCAAAUAAGUUUUUGUAAUAAAAUGUUAGAAGUAGUCUUCAGGGUAAGAUGUACAACCGAAAAUAUAUGUUUCGUCUCAUAAUCAUGGACAAAUAUUGUUUACAAUAAAACUGUGAACUAAAUCCAAGUAAGAGGAUGAGCAGCAUACUCAAGUUUAUGAAGUAAAAUUUAUAGCUAAGGUACAUUAUAUUAUUCUUGCCAGUUUAGGAUAAAGUCAAAAUUGGCCAGUAAAUGGACAAGUAUCUAAUAUCAAUCCUUCAAUGUCAUGACACUGUGGAUAGAGUAAGGAGACAAAAAUUAUUUACAUGGAACCUUUGCUGACGAUUUUUCUCCACUCAAUGUUCUUUAUCAAGCCCACAGUGUAAAUGAUAGUUCGUCAAUAAAGGUUCUAUAUAACUGCAUUUCUUUCUAUCAUUACGUUAACACUCAUACGUUGCAUACCUACAUCGUGGAAAAGUGCAUCACCACAUCAGUUAGGUUUGACCGGUGAACUGAAUGGGUGAACAUGGGAACAAAUGCACCUGGGUUACAGGGGCUAUGACAAGGCAUUUAAGGACCCUCUCUUCCCGACAUCGUAUAUCCACUACACCUUCACAGCAUAUUGUCUGGCCCAUCGGAUCAAUCUUUGGUAAGGCGGUACAUGUGCUCGUUCUUGACUAUAUGUACCGUAAAGUUGAGAACUAACUUAGCUAAAACACUAAGUUUAAAAUAAAACAAAGCGUCAUUAUCAAUAUAUAUCGAAGAUAAUCAUCAAUUUAAAUACAUGCUGAUGAUUUGGACAAGGUCGUGUUCCUCAGCCCAAGCAUACUGUUAUAUAAACGAAG